CUUAUCGGCAUUUUGAAAAAAAGAGGAUGAAUGACUUAAUGAAUUAGGAUAUCGACAUACUUUAAGGACUCUUGCAUUGUAGGUGGUGACAGUUCAUAGCUAAAACUCUAAUACUCAAACCUAAUUAAGACUCCAUACACUGAAUGUCAACAUGAGUUUGACAUGUGCACCAUGAAUUUUCCUGUUUAUCAUUGUUUCGACGGUUUUCUCUAGACUAACUGUUUUCUAUCUCAAAUUGUUAUUACGAAAGAUUCUUCAUGAAUUGUUGCAUUAGUGGGAUGGUGAGGAUUGCCUAACUUGUCGCGGUUAGUUCAGUCUUUCAAGGCCGGUCCCCGAUUUCAUCGGUUAACAAUUUACUGACUUAAGUUACUGCCGUUCUUGGAGUCGCAAUGAUUGACGAUGUAUAGUGAAUUCAGUAGUAAUACAGGAUCUUCUUCACAGACUACUGCUGUCAUCCAGGUUUUUGAAGAUAUCUCCUCGAAAAUACUUAAAAUACGUUUACUGGCAAAUGAGUUGGAAACGCUAAACAAAAGCAUAAGCAUUAGAGGAAAUUCGAAGGCUCAAUCCGACCUUCUAAAUAAAAGAGAGAAAGAUGCUCUCGACCUGGUUGACGACACCAAAAACGUGUUCAUUAAUCUUUCGAAGCAGCCUUUAUCGGAUCAGAUAACCAAAAUUCAUGUUGAGAAGCUCAAAGUUGACUUUCAGCGUGUACUUCACCGGCUCCAAAGAACUCAAGCUGAAAUCAAAAGGCGAUUGCUUACCGAAAGUCGUCCAACUUCCUCACUUGUUGGAGAUUUGAUUUAUUUGGAUUCAAACGAUACUGAUACAGGCCAGUUUAUUCAAGCACAAAUCUGUGCCUCCCAAGACUAUGAAGUUCAGGAAUUGGGACUAGCGUUGAAUCAGGAGGAUCAAAUGCGUUCUAUAGAGGAAGAUAUUGUGAAUGUAAAUGCAAUUUUUCAUCAACUUUCUGAAUUAGUAUAUGAACAACGCAGUGCUAUUGAUUCAAUUGAAGACAACAUCGAAGUAGCAUUAGCUAAUGAACAGUCUGGUCAUUCAGAGCUAGCAAAAGCUGCUAAUCGACGAAGAUUUUGGUAUUAUUAUUUAGAACCUCGUCAAAUAUUGAAAACUGGAUUAUUAGUUCUAAAAGGCGUAUUAUAAAUCUGUGUUUUAGUCAUAUAGAUAGUAUCAAACUCACCAUAGAGAAUACUACCAAUCAAUAGGUAUGAUUGAUUCUCAAGUACUCAAGUUCGUGCAUGGUUAUUGAAUUGUGUUUUGUUAUAUUACGGAAGAUAUAAUCAUAAAACGUUUAGUAAUAUUCUAAGUAAAGUCGCACACAAAUAUAGAAAUACAGUGUUUAUUCAGAUUGAAGGAAGGAAAUACCAACAACAGGUACUUUCCGUAUGUUAAAACUGUGGUACUGUGAAUAUAAAUACAUUUAGACUGAUGAUUUGACAACUUGUAGUUAUGGUAUUUCCCGUUAAGAAAUUCAGUGAUUUUAAGACAGUCCAAGUAAUCCAAAAAGGUUGACAAACUAUAGGAACAAGUAGUAGCGCAAAAAUAAAAUAAUUCAACUCGAGCAAAGACUUCGCUUAUAAGAUACACACCACUAAACGACUAUGACCAGUCUUAUGAUUGUUUAGGUCAUUCUAGCUGGUUUUCAGACAAGUCGAAACGAUAGGAAUCAUAGGGUUUAGAGUAUUGUUAAUAGUCCUUAGAAAUACUGCGACAUGUUACUGAUGUAGGGAGAGUCGGUGAACAACAUAUAGAUGGGUAUAAAAACUCUUAAGCAGUCUGGGUCGUCAUACACUAUGACUGAAAGUCUGUUAUUUGGUAGAUUUAUACAUAUCUCUGCUUGUUUGUAUUCCCCUCAUAUGUAUAAACAGUAUCAGAAUAACGUACUCAUUUUACAACAAAAG